AAUGCUGGUGCCUGCUCCUUUAAGGGCGGUGAGGGAGGGGCUGUGCCUGACACAAUGAGUGAGGGGCUUGCUCUCUGUGCACACUCAGCCCUGAACCUGGAAUAGAAGAGGAUGCAAUGUAUCUGUGGCUGGAGCCUGGAGUAUCAUUGUCAUCACUGUGGCUCUCAUGUGCCUGAAUGCAGCAACUGAGAGGAGCCAUCUAAUUGCAAGCUCACUGGCCUCUAUGUGGCAGGAGGGUCGGGGGCAUCCGGGGAGCGGAUUAUCUCAGAAGUCCCCUCCGCAGCUGAGCUGAGGUCAGGCUGGCGAUCCCGCAUGGAUGGGGAAGCAGAUGUCUGGACAGGGAAGUGACUAGGAUCCUAUUGGAACUCUUAUCCUUAUUGCACUUUAUCUGGUGGGAUUGCUCAGGAUCUGCCCUGGAUUAUAGAGGAAGCAGAAGAUGUGGGUUCAGACUCUUCUCUGGAUGGUCUCUGCGCUCAUCUGUCCCCUUCUAGGCUCCCGUCCCCGUCUGGAGGAUUUCCCACCGAGAAUAGUAGAACACCCGUCCGAUCACAUUGUUUCAAAGGGGGAACCGGCGACGCUGAACUGCAAAGCAGAAGGCCGUCCCGUGCCCAUCAUCGAGUGGUACAAAGAUGGCGAGCGGGUGGAGACGGACAAGGACGACCCUCGUUCUCACCGAAUGCUGCUGCCGAGCGGUUCCCUCUUCUUCCUCCGCAUUGUCCACGGACGAAGGAGUAAGCCAGACGAGGGGGUUUAUAUCUGCGUGGCCCGGAACUACCUGGGAGAAUCUGUCAGCCGAAAUGCCUCUUUGGAAGUAGCACUUCUCAGGGAUGACUUUCGUCAGGCCCCCAAUGAUGUGGUGGUGGCGGCAGGAGAACCAGCGGUAAUGGAGUGCAUCCCUCCGCGAGGUCACCCCGAGCCGACGAUAUCCUGGAAGAAGGAAAACGCCCGCAUUAGUGACAAAGACGAACGCAUCACGAUCCGAGGAGGGAAGCUGAUGAUUUCCAACACCAGGAAGACAGACGCCGGAAUGUACGUGUGUGUAGCCACCAACAUGGUGGGGGAACGAGACAGCGAGCCGGCCCAGCUGGUGGUCUUUGAACGGCCAACGUUCAUCAGGCGGCCCAUAAAUCAAGUGGUCUUGGCGGAUGACGUUGUGGAUUUCAGCUGCGAAGUACAGGGUGACCCGGUGCCCACUGCCCGCUGGCGCAAGGAAGAGGGAGAACUGCCCCGGGGAAGAUUCGAGAUCCGCAGUGAUAACACCCUUCGGAUAUCCCGGGUCACCUCGGAGGAUGAAGGAACGUACACCUGUAUAGCAGAGAACAGCGUUGGGAAAUCGGAAGUGUCCGGCUCCCUCGGCGUUCACGUCGGUCCAUUCUUGCCGCCCCAGCUGGUGACCCGUCCGCGAGACCAGAUUGUCGUCCAAGGCCGCACCGUCACCUUCCAGUGCGAGACCAAAGGGAACCCGCCGCCCGCCGUGUUCUGGCAGAAGGAGGGGAGUCAGAUAUUGCUGUUCCCCAGCCAGCCGCCGCAGACCGUGGGCCGCUUCUCCGUGUCGCCCAGCGGGGAGUUAACCAUCAUUGACGUCCAGACGGGGGACUCCGGAUACUACAUGUGCCAAGCCAUCAGCGUGGCCGGGAGCAUCCUGGCAAAAGCACUCCUGGAAGUGGAAGACGCUACAUCAGAUCGCGUUCCACCGAUUAUCCGCCGAGGGCCGGCCAAUCAGACGCUGGCGGUGGACUCUAUGGUGAAGAUGCAGUGCCAUGUGACCGGCAAUCCUCUGCCCAGCACCCACUGGCUGAAAGGCGGGCAAAGGGUCGGCGGCAGCGAUCCGCGGGUCAGCGUCCUGGACAAUGGAACUCUCCAGAUCACCCAUCUACAGGUAACUGAUUCCGGAUUGUACACCUGUGUAGCAACGAGUUCAACCGGAGAGACCACGUGGGCUGUAUUCCUGGAUGUCCAAGAAAAAGGAUCCCCGGUUAAUGUUCAGCCUUCAGAGCCAAGCCUGCUUCCUAGCGCCCCGUCCAAGCCCCUGGUCACCGACGUCACCAAGAACAGCAUCACUCUGACAUGGAAUCCCAACCCACUAACCGGGAGCUCGCAGGUCACCUCCUACAUCAUCGAAGCCUUCAGCCAAUCAGCGGGCAGCACCUGGCAGACCGUGGCGGAUAACGUGAAGGUGGAGAAACACACAGUGAAUGGUCUCAACCCCAACACCAUCUACCUGUUCAUCAUCCGAGCGGUCAGUUCGUACGGUCUCAGUGACCCCAGCCCUAUAUCGGAGCCGGUGCGCACUCAGGAUAUCAGCCCCACCCGGCAAGGCGUAGACCACCGCCAAGUACAGCGGGAACUCGGGGAAGUGGUGGUCCAGCUCCAGAAGCCGAUCAUUCUCACCUCCUCCACCGUGCAGGUCACUUGGACGGUGGACCGUCAGGCCCAGUUCAUACAGGGUUACCGGGUCAUGUACCGCCCCAAAUCCAGCGUUUGGGUCGUCCAAGAUGUCAAGUCCCCAACCGAGCGCUUGGUGGUCCUGGUGGACCUGAAGCGGGGGACGGAGUACGUGCUGGUUGUGAAGGAGUUGACCUUCGAGGAGACGUUCCAUUCUCAUAGACUUGUAUGGGAACACAAAACCAAAGCCGCAAGAGUACUCCCCACUGAAUUCCUGGUUCCCAGUGCGCCUCCGCAGUCUGUCUCCGUGGUGACUGUCGGUACAAGCAACAGUACCAACAUCAGCAUCACAUGGGAACCUCCUCCUGUGGAGCACCAGAAUGGGAUUAUCCAGGACUACCGGAUCUGGCUUUUAGGAAAUGAAUCUCGGUACCACAUAAAUAGGACAGUGGAUGGAACCGUGCACAGUAGCGUCAUCCGAGGACUCGUUCCGGGAAUUCUGUACCGCGUUGAAGUGGCCGCAGCAACCAGCGCUGGUUUUGGGGUUAAAAGCCAACCAAUCACCAUCCAGAUUAAGCCGUCCUCGGAUCACGUGCCCAUAGGCAGCAGUGACAGCUCCAGCCUAACAGAGCAGAUAACCGAUGUCGUGAAACAGCCGGCGUUCAUCGCGGGCAUUGGCGGAGCAUGCUGGGUAAUCCUGAUGUGCUUCAGCGUCUGGAUAUACUGCCGCAGGAAGAAGAGGAAGGAGCUCAGCCAUUACACAGCCUCCUUCGCCUACACCCCUGCAGUGUCCUUUCCCCACACAGAGGCCUCCAGUCACAUCACCGCCAGACCGGGCUUGUUGGCCACCAGUGCUUCUAACUACCCCUGGCUGGCAGAUUCAUGGCCGGCCACCAACCUUCUGAGAAACGGCAAGCCAAAGGAGGCGACAGUCAGCUGCUGCCCGGGAGCCCACAACCCGUCCGAGAGAUACUACAACGAUGCCGGGAUCUCCAACUACAUUGCCCAGACAGAGAAAUUUGGCACAGGAGUCUCAGACGGGCCCAUCUACAGCACCAUUGACCCCACCAGUGAAGACAUGAGGACAUUCAAUGGAGCCUUCUCUCAGCAGACCACACCCUACGCAACCACGCCUGUUGUGCCCUACGGCGGCCAGAUCCUGCAUUCCCCCGAGUCAGAGGACAAUGCAUGGAAUGUCCAGGCUGGCACCUCCGGGAUACUGUACGCUCAGCCUGAUCGCAGCAAGGCAGAAAACGCCUUAAAGGGCAAUAAACAGAAGUCCGUGGGGAAAGCAGUUAAAACGCCGUCUCUGAAUUGGACCGAGAUUCUGCCUCCGCCACCUCCUGCCAACGAGCUGAACCAAUUCCAAGAUGAGGACUCAGACGUGGAAAUGAAUUCGGAGACAGAAGAGUGGUGUCCUCCAUUGCCGGAGAGGACGUAUCUGAUGGAGAAUAUUCCGGAAGACUGCCCUCCUCCCCCACCCCGCGGGGAAGCCUCUUCUCCGGAUCAGUCCUACGGACAACAGUCCACGGCCACCCUCACCCCGUCGCCGCGAGACGACAUGUACGAUUCGGAGGACAUUCCGCGACUGCAGCAGUUUGAACUUCUACCCCAUCCCAGGAGAAUGCCAUCUGGAUCGGUACCAGUUCCAAGAGCCCCCAGCCCUCCCUUGACACAGUCCAAUCCCUCUCUCCAUACGGUGGCGGAGGGCGGGGAGACGCCGCGGCACGGACACAGACGGAACCACAGCCAAAAUCCAGCCGUUGGCUCGGAGAAUAUGGACCUGCCCAGCACAGGAAAGCUGCUCUCAGGAGACAAUCUCAGCACUCCGCCCGGACAGAAAUCCAAAGGCAAGAAGAAGUCCAAAUCCGGCCACUAUCGGAGGGAGGCGAAGCAAGGAGAUCUCCCGCCGCCGCCAGAGCCCCCUCCCGCUCAUGAAGAGCUGUGCUCGGGGGGCAUGGAGUGCUCCGCGUCAUCGCUGGAGAGAGACGCCAGCAUUACGUCCUCCAUAGAGAGAAGAGGAGCCGCCGGGCAGCAGAGAGGAGCUGCAGCUCACCCGCUGCACCACAGAGAAAACGAAGAGAUCAUUCCAUACUGUAAACCCAACUUCCUGUCCCGGAGUCAAAUGUCCGGCAACUGCUCCACAUCGGGAAGCAGCUCGUCCCGGGGGUCCGCGGGGUCCCGGGGUCACCCAUCUGGAAGGAGCAAAACAGGAGAGCGGAAAGAGGAGAAAAGAUGAAGAGUUGGGACCGGGACGUGUUCUUCUCCCCUCCCCCCCCAUCCCCCCGGAUUUCGUACAGAGGACACGGAGUUCUUCAAGAGACACUUUAAAACUUUUCCAGUAUUUUCCACUCGGCUUAUUUAUGAAACUUUUCUGGACUUUUUUGGGGGGGUUUUUCUUUUUUUAAUGUUGGGUGUAAAUAAUGGUCGCCCGUCUCGGUGAACGCGGCCUUUCUAGAGAUCGGGAAAGCUGGACUAUAUUUAUAAAAGUUAAGACAAAAAAAUUGUACAUUUUGAUUUUUUGUUUUUGUUGCUGUUUUUGAACGUGCCAAGUUUUCUAGCGAGUACGACGUUUGCACUGCGACUUGUACAGAACGACGCGAAACGAGAAAAAUAAAAAAAAAUAAAAA